GCCCAAGCCACCCCAUUGGCCAGCCUCCCGUCGCCAACCACAGAACACCGGCAGCUCCCCUCGAUCAGCUCGCGCUUAGAUGGUCUACUGGGUCGACGACGCUCCGCCGCCGCGCGAUGGCCCUUCUCAAACGGACGACAGCCCCUCCCCAACGACAAGCGCGCCUUACGCACACCACUACUCCGCCCACUCUUUCAAAGGCAUGCACCCCUUCGCCUACAUCGCCAUUGCUGUUAUCCUGUUUAUUACCACUGGCGUGCUCAUCUACGUGCUUUACGGCUGCUGCGCGUCCGCUAAGCGAAGCGAGGAGCGGCACCAAGAGGAAAAGAGAGCGAUGCCGCCGGGCUCGAAGACGCGAGUGACCCGUUGGCGCUGGGCGAAGAUGCGGGCGACGGAUGAAAGUCACACUGCCUGCUUGGAGCGAUCGGAAUCGUCUUGCGACUCGGAAAAGCACCUGUCAUCACCCUCGAUACCCUCGGAAUACUACACCUCCCCGCUCGCUCCCAGUACCGCUCCGCUCCUCUCGUGUCCUCAGCUCCCUCCGCGCAUGUUCGACGUUCAUACCUCCCGGCGCACCAGCAAAACACCCUCGUCACCCUACAGCUCUGACUUCGAUGCUCCCAUCUGGCACAACUCGAAGCUCUCGCCGGUCGUGGCGCCUACGCCGAUGUGUACUCAGUAGUAUGCAAGACUGGUCUGGGCUAUCUUUGUUCCAUCAUUCUGUACGCUCGACCUGAGGCGUUUGACAAACCUUCACCGAAAAAGCUCGCGCGUGUUUAGACUCGACGAUUUCGCGCUGUGUCUCAAG